ACACAUGACAUGUAUAUAAUUAUUUCAAAUCAGUUGUCAACCAUCAGCACAGAGUGAAACAAAAUUCACUGACAAAUAUUACACGGUAUAACUGCAGUGACUUUUUGACUGGUGAACAUGAAGUUCUAUAUUGUAAAUCCACUUUACACGGCCCUUUUUUCGGUGAUUAUUUUAGCGGCGUUAUCAUCCUCAUUUGACUUAAACUUUUUUACUGAUGAUGAUGGAAAAACGUAUAUAAAUUCAAAAUAUGAAGUAGUUUUUGGAGGACGUAAAGUUUUAAAAAUAGGUGGAACUAAUAUUCCAGGAUUGAGCAGCUGUAGGCUAUUAACUGCUGAUGAAAAAUCAAAAAUACGGAAGUUAGAGGAAGAAUAUAAUAUAAAGAGAGAAAAGGAACGAAUAUUACGUGAGGCUGAAAAGGAGAAGGAACGGAUACAACGUGAAAAAGAGCGAAGACAGCGUGAUGCAGAAAAAGAAAAGGAGCGAAGACAGCGUGAAGAAGAGCGACAACAACGAUAUGCAAAAAAGGAGGAGGAGCGAAGACAGCGUGAUGCAGAAAGAAAAAAGGAGCAACGAAGACGUGAAGUUGAAAAACGGAGGGAACAAAAAAAUCGUGAUGAAGAAAAAAGAAGAGACCAAAUACAACGUGAGAAAGAGCGACAAAAAGAUGAGGCGGAAAGAGAAAAGUAUCGACAAAUACGCAUUUCUGAAAGAGCACAGAACGACUUGGAAAGGGAAAUGCGUGAUUUGGAAAGACAAAGGCAACAGCAAAUACGUGACAUGGAACAACAACAACGAGAUGCUGAAAUAGCACAACGAGCUGCCGAAAGUGCACAACGUGAAGCGGAAAAAGCAUACCUAGAAAUGGAAUUAGCAAGACGUAUAAAAAAUGCACUGAUAAGACCGCGUAAACCUAAUUCUAUACAAAUUAUACCACGCAAUCGUGGAAUGGGUGGAACGGGUGUAACAUAUAGUAAAAUAACAAAAAAAAAUAAUGCUAUACAUUUAUACGAAUAAUUUUUGAGCUGUGGCCGGUGAUCUAAACAAAUCUUAUACUAAAAUUAUUUAUUUUAUCAUGCAGUUCAAUAACAUUGUUAAGAUGGCGUUAUUUCGAUCACUUCAUUAUUAACAAGAUUCUGUAAUCUAUUUAUUCGACAAUUUCGGUUAGAGUUUAAGUUAAACCUCAUAAUAAAUUAUCGUUUAAAAUAAUAAACACCUACAUAAAAUAUUGUAUUGUAGUGACAUAAUUUAUAGAUACUCGUCAUAAUAAUUGUACUCAUACAGAAAAUUAUACAAUAAGAAUACGCUUAUAUAAUAUUUGGUGUGAGUCUGCAGUUAACGUUUAAUUCGUUAACAUUUUCAAAAAAAUCAUGUUUUUCUAUAAUAUAGGCAUUUUACGAUUAUUAUGUAUAUUCCAUUAAUACCUAACCUAUUUACGAAUAAAUUAAAAACGAUAACAAUCUCACAGGAUUAAAAGCAAGACUAAGUAAUUCAUUUUGCUCCUAUUCCUUAUCGCAUUAGGCUACUAACACAAUAUGAUAUCUUUACUCUUUGGUUAACUAUUUAAAUUUAUUCCGGUAUAGUCGUGUUAACUCUUACUACGGAAAAUCUACAAAAUAGAGAUGUAUUCAAAUCCCUAUACAAAAUUUAAUAAGAGAUGAUUAUCGAUGUUAUUUUUCAUGGUCAAUAAAUACAAUAAAUAAUUAUU